CCCUCAAUGGACCAAGUUCUUAGUUGGCCACAACAUUCACAGCUGAGACUUGCUUGUAGGUGUCUAGUGUUGACUCUUCUCUACAGGUGAUCCUGUACCUCCAGUUAUGACAGAAAGAGUCCAUUUGCAAUCUCUUGAAUCAUUUUCAAGAAUACAAACAGCACGACUGACAUUAAAAGCAAUUACUAACAUUUUACUUCAAGAGAAGCUAGAAGAUACUUCUAAUGAAGACCAAGAUAAGAAGUAUAAAAGAAAACGUAGUUAUUCCUGUGAUCAAGAAGAGGGAGAACUACACUAUAACAAGAAAGUUAAAGUGAUUGAAGCUCUUCAUCAGUUUAUGACAAGUAAAAGAAAAUUGGGCGAUCAAGAAAAUGACGAAGCGACACACAGUGAUAAACGGAGGAAACUAGACGAGUGUUUUGAGAUUUAUGAUAAAAACAAACCAGAAAAUUUAGUAAACAAGUGUCCUAGCGACAAGUCCAAAGAUGACAUAGGUGUAUCGUAUUGUAUAACUUCCAAUAUGUUUAAUGAUUUGAAGAAAUAUUUCGUAAAUUUGUCACCUAAAAUGUGGACAAAUUAUGGGAAAGUCCUUAUUAGUGAAACACUUAAAAAAAUAAUGUUAGAAAACAUUGAUAAGAUGCACUUGAAAAAAGUGAUCGAGUAUAUUUUUUGCGAGAAGCUCACUGCUUUCUCCACGAUGACAAUUGAGAAUUUCUCAACUGAUUUUGAAGAAGUAAUUUAUAGCAGGCUGAAACACUGCAGGAAACUAUUAUUUCUUGAAAUUACGGUGAUUCCUAGAGAGGCGAGAGACAUUAUCAGCGCAACAUUGUCCCUUCAGAGGUUAAAGAAUCUGCAGUGUCUGUGGCUUCUCCCGUCCACUAGGUACUCCUUCCACUGGGCCCUCGAGGUAGUCGCUCAACAAUGUUCGAAACUAUGCGAACUCAAAGUUGUCUACAGCAGCGACCUCUUCGAUGCUGGAAAAGGAGUAGCAUGUCUCCAGAACUGCAGGAGUUUGACUGCACUCUGGCUCUUCAAUUUUGGACGAAAAAGUGAAACUCUUUACGUAAGUGAACUUCUUAGGUCGCUACCUGAUCUAAAAAUAUUGUUUCACAAAGAAUUACCUAACGCUAUAUUGGAGUUAAGAAGCGAGAAAGUGACAUUUACCCACGACCAGCCUGAGUUGUAUAGUGGUGAGAGCAGCGCUACAGAAGGGCAGCCCCAGGCUGUGUCGUGCCAGCUGUGUAUGGAAAGGGUUGAUUUAUGUUGGUAUCAACGUGCAGUGGGUUACCAACUAGUGUACGUACCAUCAUCUUACCUGAUGGGUAUGGCACAAGUCUGCCCUAAGCUCAAGCUCUUGAACCUGGUGGGUCCGCCAUGCUUGGCACAAGUUAUAGCCAGUCUGCCAUGCCUGCAGACUUUAGUACUGCACCAGGCGAGCCUUGCGUCUUGCCUGAAGUGCUCCCUCAGAGACGUCACCCUCAACAAAAUCUCCGAUUUGCGAGUUUCUGACGUAUGGGACUUGACACACGACAUGAUUUCAGCGAUAGCAUGCGGCUGCCCAAACCUGGAAGUGCUAAGUAUCACCUGCUCCAGACUGGAGGCUGUGGGCACCUUGCAACCUCCACCCCACCGCUCUGCCUUUCCCUGCUUGCGUGAAGUUACUCUGGUGCCAACAACACUAUAUGAUCUCCCAGCUCUUACCUCUCCUACAGUUUGGCAGCUUGGUGCUGCCCUCACAGCUUACAUCUUAACAGGCGCUUCUUCCCUCACAUCCAUCCACCUGCAGUACAAGGCAGUAGACAUACCACACUACGAUGUACCCAGUGAGCAGCACCUAGAAGCGGCCCUCUGCUGUCCCAGACCUGCCCUCCGUCAUAUAAAGUUAGAAUGGCCUCCGGCGGCCUCACUUCAGUUUGUGGGUGACGUUCUGGCGGCGUGUCCCGCCCUUAGUACUCUGGGCUCCAUAACCACCUGGCCCCUCACAACACACCAGUGCGCCACCCUCGUAGCGCGCUACGGAUCCCUGCUCCAUAUAACAUGAACACUGUCAUAGUUGUAGAAGUUGAGCACAAAUGCAUUCGCUAUCUAUUCAAUGUGCCUUGUUUUGUGGAACUAGCAGUGGGUGUACAGAUCAAAUGUAUCACCAGAGUAGCACGUAGUUUUAUACAAAUGUCGCCAAUUGCAUGCUUGAAGUUUACCUGGAGAGGGUUUUGGGGGUCAACGCCCCCUCGGCUCGGUCUGAAACCGAGGGAGGUAAGAAAUACUGGUAAAUUUAAUUAUUAUAAUCAUAACCAAACGUGUUAACAGUGUUAACAGUGUUAACUUCAACUGUUUUUCCUUCAAUAACAAGCUCUACAAACAAACCUACGGAUCAUACAACAUUGCAGGGUAGGGUGUGCGAAAGGUGUCAUAUGCCUGAUUAGAGAUCAGCGAGGGUGAAAAGUAUCAGAGGUAGAGUUAGUAAUAAAGCUGUUCCUGUCAAAAAGUCAAAGAGGGAGUCUGAGUCUAGUCAAAUAGAAACGUUUCUGUGUGGGUUGAAUUUGAAGACGCUACAUAAUCCUACGGGUUUAGUGCUCCCCCUUGAUUAUAAUAAUAAUAAUGAAUUUGAGGAUAAUAAUGCCCACAAGAUAAACACGUUGAGCUGAAACUGCUACCCACACCAUACACUGUAUGUGAUGUCUCUAAUAAGAAAAGUCUCUUGGACAAAGGCUGUCAUGCUGUUAGGAUGAACUGAGAAGCGUCUCCAACAUUUUAUGACCGCUAGGCUGCUUUUGAAGAAACAUGUAAAUAUGUUCCUGAUGCUUUCUCAGACACCAUGGAUAUAUUAAUAUAUGUACAAUUUUACCAUUUCACAUUGACCAGGAUUUUGAACGUGGUCAUCAUUUCUUAUAUAAAUACAAUAAGAGCCCCUACAAAAUCUGAAUAUAGCACGUCAAUAGGAAUUACAUCAUACAAUUGCUUUGAAAUUGUAAUUCUAAACAGAAAUAGCUCUUACAAAUUACAAAAAUGGGAAAUAUUAGAGAUAUGCUCCCUAGCUCUUAAAUAGAUUAUACAUAUAUGAAAUAAGAAGAGCUCUUUAAUAUACCUAUUUCUUAGAUGCUAAGACUGAAUAUCGCAAAUUACAGAUAAUUAUUUGCCAAGGUAAUAAAAUAAAAUAUAUUGUAAAGCUUUAGUAUUUUGUUAUGUUAAACAAGGAUUUAGAGUUCACUGGAGUAACACUACUUGAGAGAUGCAAUGUAAUAUGCUAAAGAGGAAAUAAUAUACAGAAAACUCUGAAAUGGACUUAACAGACCGAAACUAACAUCUGUCAGUUCAUACAUCACCAUGCUAUUAUGCACCAAGACUCACAGCUUUAAUUUAUCUGACAAAAUCAGCACUCUUUUUACCCUCCCCGGGCUCCAGCUGGGUACAGUUACAGUAUCUUGGCAGUUUGUACUACCAGCUGAAGCAGACUAACCACAUGUAAACUGUCAGCAGAAAUAUUCUCGUUUCGUCAUUAUGGGCUCGAGAUAGAGAAAAUAAACUAUUUUAGAGACAACUACCCAACAAACUUAACAAACAAAUGCAAAUAUUUCGUCCAUGUGUUAAUAUGACUAAAAAAAAAGUCUAUGCCAAACUUUAAUUAAACGGCUCUUUACCGUUGUAAGUUUGAAAAUGACCCCUGGCUGUCUUCAAGACCCCUGGCAGUCUUCAAGACCCCUGGCUGUCUUCAAGAUCCCUGGCAGUCUUCAAGACCCCUGGCUGUCUUCAAGAUCCCUGGCUGUCUUCAAGACCCCUGGCAGUCUUCAAGACCCCUGGCUGUCUUCAAGAUCCCUGGCUGUCUUCAAGACCCCUGGCUGUCUUCA